AUCCGUUCUACUUCUGAAACUAACCUAAAACGCAGAGUGUGUUGAAGACGACGGAGACGGCGACGGCGAGAAGCAAUGACGACUGAGGAAAAUAAAACAAGCAGAAAUAGGAAGAGGAAGAGACAGAGAAACCCUAAACCUUCUAAAGAAGAACCUAUCGAGACGACACCGAAGAAUCAAAACGAGAAAAAGAAUCAAAGAGAUACCAAAAACCAACAACAUGGAGGUUCUUCAGCUCCAUCGAAACGACCUAAACCUUCCAAUUUCCUCGAUGCGCUUAGAGAGAGAUUAUCUGGUGGGCAAUUUAGGAUGCUCAAUGAGAAACUCUACACUUGCUCUGGAAAAGAAGCUUUAGACUACUUUAAAGAAGAUCCACAAAUGUUUGAUAUGUAUCAUACAGGGUAUCAACAACAAAUGUCAAAUUGGCCUGAGCUUCCUGUUAACUCCAUUAUUAAUUGGCUAUUGUCUAAUAGCUCUUCUUUAGUUGUGGCUGAUUUUGGCUGUGGUGAUGCAAGGAUUGCUAAAAGUGUGAAGAACAAAGUUUUCUCCUUUGAUCUUGUCUCAAAGAACCCCUCUGUUAUUGCCUGCGAUAUGUCAAAUACUUCACUUGAGUCUUCAUCAGUGGAUGUUGCAGUUUUCUGUCUUUCAUUAAUGGGAACAAACUAUUCUAGUUAUAUCAAAGAAGCACAUCGAGUUCUUCGUCCAAGUGGUAUGCUUCUUAUAGCGGAAGUAAAGAGCAGGUUUGAUCCAAACAAUGGAGGAGCAGACCCAAAAGACUUUGUGAAAGCCGUUUGUGAUCUUGGAUUUACUUCGGUUUUAAAGGUGCAAUCUUUUCUUCUUCUUUUUUUCAUUUCCACUAUAAGAAAGAAACUCAUUUGGUUCUUUGAGCAGGACUUCUCCAAUAAGAUGUUCAUCUUAUUCCAUUUCAAGAAAAAGGUUAGUGAAACAUACUUCCUUUCAGGUUUGUUAUUAGUCUCGUAGCUUAGAUCUACACUUUGUUUAGCAAUAAUCCUUCUUUUAAUCGUGUGGUUAUAUAGGAGCAGAUGAAUUCAAAUCAGAAGAUAAUAAAGUGGCCUGAGUUAAAAGCUUGUUUAUACAAACGUCGAUGAUGAGUUUACAAUGGAAGAUUACUCAGAAUACUAUUUUUGUUCUCCACUGUUGUAUCAUUUAGGCACAUUGAUUGUCCUCAAAAUCUCAUAAAUUUGCACCCUAUAAACUUUUGUAAGAGAAAAGCAAUCACAAAGAUUUUUCAAGUGUUUAGAUACAGA